UUUCUAUUCAAAGGAGUUCAAUGUCUUUACAUGUGAAAAAUGUAAGCGAACCAGAAACGUUCAAAUAUUUUCAACGCAGUAGUUCGUUAAAAUUGUGAAUACUUCGAAGUGAAAAUAUUGAAAUAGGAUAUAAAAAUAUUUUUUGAAACUUCGAAGAUUUUAAAUUAUACAUACCUGGUUGUGAAAUUUACGUUGGGAAUCCCAUACAGUUUUAAAACGGAAUAAACGAAAGUUGUACGUAAAAAUAUAUAAUGAGACUGCUGGUACUUACCGUGCUGUUGGUUCUCCCUGGGCAGACACAUGGACUUUUUGGUAUUGGGGGCUUUUUUAGGAGUGGGAGACGAUCAAUAGAAACUUUAACAGGAGAAGUACAACAACAAAUGUCAGCCAUUCGUGGAAUAUUGGAGACGAAGGUGAUCCCUGACGUACAAGAAAGCUUAAAAGUCGUAAGGGAAUCUGCCUAUGAAUUUGUUAAUAUCACCAAACGCAUGGAACAAAGAGUAGAAGAGUCUCUCGACAAGCUCGAUGCCCUAGCACAAACCAUUGGGAAGAACGUAAAUCAUGUUGUGGACAUUGUUAUUGUUAUAUCAUGCAUAGCUCUUUUUGCUGUCUGUAGUAAACUAAACUCUAGUUCACGAGACGAACAUUUGAAAUAUGAAUAUUUGACAAUUCUCAUGGUGAUAAGUCUAAUUACGGCUACUGGUGUGAUGUUACGCGUGUUUUAUGUAUCUGUGUUGAAAAUGGACCUUAUGAGUCCGUCUGCGACAAUCAUAUACUGCGUGAUAUAUCCUACAAAAAUAGUUGUAGCUUGGAAAGUUUUACGUCUCGUAUAUUACCUUCUGUGCAGUGUUGGCGUGGUGGUAAAUUUCUUCAUUCUUGGACCCAGGCUGAUCUUAUACAUCACUGUGGAUGGCCCUAUGCGAUGGGUAUGGCGAGCAUGCAAACAUGCCCCUGAGAUGAAAUCAAAGAAAGCAUUGCUCAUCACCGUAUCUUUACCUUGGACAAUGUUACUUAUCAGUCUUAUGGUUUAUAAUCUAUUCAUGAACAUAGAUGGAUCAAAUGAUCAAGCAGCCUUUGCCACGAGUGUACUCGCAUCGUACAUUUUCUUUUACGCAAACGCAGUUUACUUGUAUAAAUACCACCAAAGGCCUGAACCUCAGGAAAUGUUGAGGGCGCUGUAUGGAGGAAAUGUGAACGGAGGUCAAGGUCGACCAUUAAAAAAUAAUAAAAACCUGGUAGGCGCAAUGGCGCCUGUACGUUAAGACAUCUAUCUAUUCAACUAAAAAAGCAUUAAGCCAAUUAACUUAAUGUAUAAUAUGACAAUGUUUUUACUUGUAAUGGCACAGAUGACAACUCGUUUUUAGGCCCGCACAGAGUUCCUCACUAUACAUAUUUGUAAAUUAGGACAGCUUGUUUCAUCAACUACUUAAGAUAAUAUUUAAUAUCAAAGAGAUAUGACUAUGUAAGUUUUAAUAACAGAAACAUAUACGGUGCAUUAUUGUGACCGUCACAGUUUUCGUGCGGAAGAAUUCAGUGACACUGAAUUAAAACCAAAAUAAGUUCAUGUAAAAUUGUCCUGAAGGGCCUCAUGACUUGUGACCUGGGUUUGUCCAGUGUCAAUCUGUAAUUCAACUAGCUUCUUGAAAAAAUAUAAAUAGUAAAGGUUUCAUUUUAAAAAAAACGGACAUUUGUAUAUAUAUGCAGAACGUGCAUGUGUAUAAGCUUGUGUGAGUACGAGAUCCGACUGGCAGUGGAAAUGUCAACAAAUAACAUUUAUGUAAUUAAUACAUUGACAUUACAGUUGCUGUGCACUAUAGAAGGUAUAUCUUAUAUCAUGUUGUAAUGUUAUCAGCUAUGAUCAUGUUUACCUGCUUUUAAUAAUUACUUUAGUUAUCAGUUAUCUGGCGGAUAACAUGAUGUAUACGGAAUUACAAUUUGAUAUAAUGAUAGGUUGUGUACCUGAAUAGUUAAUUCGCAAUUUGUUCUUGGUAUUAUUUUGUUGUUUUUUUUAUCUUUUGUUAUUUGUGAGACGUUGCUCACGUUGACCUCCUGGUGUAAAAUACUGUCUUGUCAUUGAGUAUUCUAUUUUGUUUUAUAAUAUACUGUCAAAUGUUGAUUUGUUGAUUACAAAGUCUUUAUACUGUAAAUGCCUUUAUGUUACACCAUACCAAACAAAUAUACUAUCUUGCAAACAGA